UCAUUGGCAGACAACAGAUUUUAUGUGUUUCAUUUCGCAUGAAAAUCCGUUGUUUACGUAUCGGCCAGGAACACAAAGAAUGAUUUUCUCGAACGCGUAAUUUUAUUUUACUUAUUUUCAUAGCUGAAAACACAAUUUCAUAUUCUUCUCCAUUCUUAAAGUGAAGAACGAUCCCAAAACAUCUUGAUCUUGAAAUACCGGCAUGUUGACGUAAAUGCAACAAUGCAACGAAGUAUAUUAUUUAAUAAUCAAUAUAAUAGCAGAUCAGCUUUUAAUCUGAAGUGAUCGUCUACCUGUUAACUCGUUCGACAAUCAACAAGUUGAUAAAUCUUUUCUCUAAUUGAUUCGUAUUUAAAAAUCCAAUGAGGAUAAUGUUAUAAUGAAAUCAUUAUGUUCGAUGAAUCCUGUUCGUCAAUUUCAAAUAUACAAUGCAAUGCAUAUAUGUGAUAUCUCUAAACAUUAAAUUGCAUUAGAAUCUUCAAUAAAUUUACGUGGGAUCGUACAAUAGUGCAAAGACUGAUAUGGCUACGUGAAAAUCCAUGUAUGUAACAAGCGCUUUAGGUUAAGUUAGGUUUCGAAGAAGAGAAAUAACGUCGAAAGUGCGAAAAUCAGUAAUCGGAAAUGUCACACCAUCCACUUGAGAGUGUGGACGAUGCAAUGUUACACAGUUUAUCGGUAGGAAAUUUCAAUCACUUACAAGAGUGUGUAAACAGGCUUGAAUCUAAGGACACAAGAAUGGACAGAGAGAAAUCUACCGAUUUAACAGAGAAAGAUAAUGUGGAGAAUGAGAAUAAUAAUUCUGAAAAUAAGUUUAUGAUAACGGCUGCUCAGAACAGAAUUAAAACGUGUAGUCAAUGUUCGAUGACGUUCCGAUAUAAAAGGCAUUUGGAUCGACAUUUGGAAGGCCAUCAGAAAAAUAAUUGUUCUCAUUGCAAUGCAAAAUUCGCUAGGCGCAAACACCUUGAUAUACAUCUGUUUCGUUCGCACGGGGAGAAAGUAACGAAAUAUCCGCACUCAUGCGACGUAUGCUCCCGUAGCUUCCCCAGACGUAUUUUAUUAAAUCGUCAUCGCGCGAAGCACAACUACGAAAAUGGCAAGGUUUGUUCGGACUGCGGGGAAAUGUUAAAAAUGGAGGAAGACGAUAAAGCACACAAAGAGAAUCAUUGCGCGAAGAAGCAAUUUAAGUGUAAAAUAUGUUUACAAACAUUUAGCAUCGAACAAACGUAUCUGAUUCAUAUCCAAAAUCAUGACAAUCAUAAAUGUCCGAAAUGUGAUGUCACCUUUGCUUCGAAAAAGAAAGUACAAGAACAUUACAGAAUGAUGCAUUCUGCAAAAUUGAACAAGAUAUCGAACAAUGGUGCUGAAUGCAGACAUUCUUUCCUAAAGAAGGAUGAUUAUCCUCGUCAUUUAGAUUCUACUUCGCAUCUGAAUAAAACGCACGGAGAAUCUUUGUUGAAAGAUAGUUUCACUUGCUCCAUUUGUUCGAAGAAAUUAAUUUCUCAAAGGGCACUCGACCAGCACGUUAGACGUAUACAUAAAGGAGAGAAGAGAUUCGCAUGUAAUAUAUAUGGUUGUACAUUUCAAUGUGCGAGAAAAUCCGAUCUAGGUAGACACAAACAGUUACAUGUGGAACAACGAAAUGUUAUAUGCGAACAGUGUGGUAAAACUUUUACCAGCGUCAGUAUUCUUAACGAUCACGUUCUUUAUAUACACAGUAAAGAAAGACAGUUCAUAUGCGAGGAAUGUGGGAAAGCGUUCAAACGAAACAGUUUGUUAAAAAGACACAAACUUUCUCAUCAACAACAUCGACCGUUCGCCUGUAUGCAAUGCGGUACAGCUUUUAAAAGGUCGCAUCAUCUUACUCGACAUCUGGAAACUUGUCAUAGGAUUACCCUUGAGAAAAAAAAGAAGGUAGUCAAAUUUAUGAGAACGGAAGAUGGCCACCUUGUCCCAAUUCCAGACAAACCAAAAAAACUGAAGUCCACAAAAAUGAAAAUCAAAGCAGAAUCUAAUAAAAGUUCCGCGUCGGAUGAUAAAAUUAUGCCUCUUCAAAAUACGAAUAUUAUGAGCAAACAUUUCGAUUCAGGUUUGGAAGUGCAAACGCUGCCUAAUUCUGAUGACCUGUGCGAAAAUCCAACGUUAUCGUCGUCGUCGUCGUCAGAACUUAUAAAUUUAUUGUCCAAUGCAGAUUCCGUUCCUCAGGUUCUUUCACUAGUCGAUAUUAACGCUGAGCAAAUUGUGACCGUCGAAGUUACGAAUCCAAAAACGUUGACAAUGAACGACAUUAUAGAUCAGUUCGAAACGAAUUGUAAUGAGAUACUGAAUUUGUCUAAUUAUCAAGAUUUAGAGUUUCAACAUGAGAUGUUGAGUACCGAUCAAUUGUACGAUCAAACGAAUUAUUCCGAAUUAUCAUUAGGAACCGUCGAGGGAACAUCGCUUUUCGUUGAUCCAAAUAUUAACAAAGUGGACACGUUGCAAAUAGAAAAUUAUCUGAAUCAAUCGUUCCCGACAUUUCUCAAUCUGUAAUCGGAAUUUUAAGAGGGACAUUCACUUGAACGUGAUAUAUUUUGUAAUACCUAAACGGGUUUUGUCCGUAUUUGUGCAUUUAGUAAAAUACGAUGAUUGUAUAGUAAUUUUUCUAGAUUUUUAUUUAUAAAUGUUUAUAAGAAAUUUUACACAAAACAGUUUAAAAUAUCUGUAGUACUACAGUUUAUAGAAUAUUAGAA